GGCUGUGUCAGUAACGCAUUGGAGCCUGUGUCUGCUGGUCACAUGGGGAGAGCAGCCUGGUUAAAACAGACUGGGCUCGCGCACUCACGGCACAGCACUGCGAGACGUGGACACUGACGCACGCGGUGUCCACCUUAGCUUUUCCACCCCCCCUCACGCGAACGGACACACAUGCUCGAACACGGCAACUUAUUCCCAUUCCCUGUAUCGGACUGACAGCGAGACGCGCACGCCGGGAUAUCUUACGCUACUAUCUUUCACUGGACAUCAACGGGAUUAACGAUACAUUUUUUUUUGGCACCGAAGACGCGCAACAGUGAAGAGGAGGUCUGUGCCAACAUUUCAUCUCAUCAAAGAUGGCAAACCUUGUGACAUCCAUGUGCUGCGUGGUGUUGGCCGCCGCCGUGGUGGCCUACGCACAGAGACGCAGUCAGCUCGUGGGCAGAAACCAGUACGAGAAGAUGGGCAGUGACGUGACCAUGCUGUGCGGCUCUCUGGACAACAGCACGUCCGUCACAUGGAAAGUGAAUGGGACCGACGUGAGGGCCCCGCACAGAGUGGAGGGGCCCCGGCUCCUGCUCACCCAGGUCAACAGCAGCCACAACGGCCUGUACAGCUGCUUCCAGAACCCCCACGGAGAGAGACGUGACUCCAUCAACUUGCGAAUCGGACUGCCUCCUGGAGAUCUUAUUAUCACCUGUCGGUCUAACACAUACCCCAAAGGCUUCUACUGCACCUGGACCAUGUUGCAUCGCACCUUCAUCCCCACGACCUUCGAAGUCGACGUGCAACACAACCAGCGCUCUCUGGAGGUGCAGGCCGAUCCCUUCCAUAAGAACCGCUGUCACGUGCGCUUCCCUGAGGUCUUUUCCAGCUUCCGCUACCUGGUCAACAUCACCGCGGUCAACGCCCUGGGCAAGGCCGCUUCAACAUACUCGUUUGAGGAGUCCAGUAUAGUGAAGCCCGACCCCCCUGAGCGCGUGGUGGCCACCCCAGUGAGGAACAACCCUCGCAGGCUGGAGGUGACUUGGAACAGCCCCUCCACAUGGCCCGACAUCAACAGCUUCCCCCUCAAGUACUUUCUCCGCUACAGGCCCCUCAUCCGGGAGCAGUGGCAGCACGUGGAACUGUCGGACAGCACCUCUCACACCAUCACUGACGCCUACGCUGGGAAGGAAUACAUCAUCCAGGUGGCUGCUAAGGACACAGAGAUCGGCACGUGGAGCGACUGGAGUGUGGCGGUGCAUGCGACCACCUGGAUCGGAGAGAUCACCUCCCCUCCCGAAGUGGACCCGGUCAUCCCAGCAAAGACCAGCCCGUCCUCCGUGCCCUCGUCCAAGGCUCCGCAGAAGGCUGAACCUCCAGUGGGGCGGGCUGCCAGGGUGCUGACUCUGUUCUCUCCGCUCAUGCUGGGGAUGCUGCUGCUGCUCAUGUGAUGUGGAGGUCCCGUUCCCGAGAAGAGGAAGAGGAGGAGGAAGCAGAGGAGGGGGAGGGCUGUCCUUUUUUCUAUUUUGCACACGUUUUUUGAGGACAGGUGCAACGAUCAGUUCUGCCCAUCAUACCCAGAUUACAAGACUUCUAAUCUGACAACAUAAUUUUUCCGAAUCCAAAAUGUCAACUUUGGAAAAUCCCAAACUUUUUUAAAAACCCAUGGAAGCGACAGGAGCUACACUACAUUCUACUACACUCUUAUACUCCCCCCUGGUGGCCGUAAAGCGCUACUACAAACUGAUUUCUUUGACUUGGGUAUCUCCUCUUGAAAAAAAGUAUUAUUUUUCAUUUUUUAUCGGAUAGUGUUGAUAAUUUUAAAGAAAGUUCCAAGUAGCAGUUUUCCCAUACAGCUAAACCAUCAUGCCAAAGACUCAACAACAACAACAACAUCCGGAUUUUUUUCCCAAAAUCGGCAAAACAAAAUGGCUCCCAAAACAUAAAAUAGGAUUGAUUACGCUUCCUGAAGCCAGUGCCUGUCGGAAAAAAAGGAAUUAACCCACGGAAAGUUUUUUUGUAAAGAACGAAUUUGAAAUCAGAUUCGGAAAGGAAUUUGAGGACUUGUUUUUUGGAUAAAAGAACUAACACUUUGAAGAAUUCUGUAGUUGAGCUUAUUUAGACAAUAUAGCUUUACAUUCUGCUUCAGCGACUGGCAAGGAGGACACGGAUUGUACAAAAGCUACGUAAUAAAUGGAUUUGAGACUGAAAAUUUGUUGUUUUUUUUGGAAAUUUAGAUUUUUUCGAAAUUUUGAGUUUCCAUUUUCUGCUAUGUGCUGUAAAAUAAAAGAACAAAAAAUAACGGAUUGCUUUACAAAAUUUUGACGCCUUUAAACAUUGAUAAAGUGUCUUUUUGCAGUUUACAUUCAGUAUCACCCAUAUGUUACUCAAUGGAAUAAUUAUGUUUUCUUUUGCUUUUUUUUUUUUUUUUUUUUGUAAUUUUUGAUUUUUUUAUGGACAAUAAUAAAAACACACUUAGUUUUUUUGUUGUUUAAUUUCUUUUCCCCAGACAUUCAUAAUGGCCUAAUUCUCCUUGAUCCUAUUUUGUAAACUAUGAUAUGUAACUUUAACAUUGAACAAGAAGUUUAUUAUUUAAUAAUAAUAAUAAUAAUAUUAAUAAUAAUGUAUGUACUAGCAGUAGAAUGUGGUAACCUGUACCUGGGGUCUUUUUUAUAGAUGUAUAUACAAUGACAGGUUUCAGCCAUUAAAUGUGACC